AUAGCAGUACAAAUUCAAAAUACUGGAGUUUUGUUUUUCCACUUAGUCCAUCCUAUAACAACUCCAUGCAAGUGUCAAAAUUGACAACAAUCGGGUCUUUCACUGUGAACUGCUCAGCUAAUGUGGGAGUAUUUGCUAAUUAAAAACCACUUUUUGAUUUUUUUUUUUUCUGAAUCUACAUGUCAUUUCUGUCCUGCGUUGGUCGCAUUUUCGGCUGCACCCACAUACAAAAUGAAUGCAUUAAUUUCAUGACUGAAAUUAAAUGUGCUGUCUUCCACCAAAGCAACAUGGGGUGGAAUAUAAUUGGGAAAAUAAUGAUAAAAAGAGGAAACAUGCAAGACCCUGUCAAAAACUGGGAACAUUUUUAUAGGUGCCAGCUCACGUAGGUGUUUAUUAAUAUCUGCCCCUCCUACACCACCUAAACCUAACCCACUUGUGGAUUAAGUCCCUCCCACUUGGAGGUCACCCAACCUACUUGCGGUGUAAUCCCUCCCACAUGUCUCCGGGUUGCAGAAAUACCUAUUUGUCCAGCUUUGGCCUGAGAACUGAUGCUCUGAGGUGGAUGGGUCACUUCCCAGUUGUUUUUUAUUUAUUUAUUUUCUUCCCCAAGCAACACUGACAAUACAGAUCCAUCACCCAAGUGCAGAAGAAGUACAGUCGGUGGUGAUGGAACUCUAUUAACGUUACUGGAUAUUAUGUUAGUUACUGGAUUUUUCAGCAGUAGGAUCCUAAGCAGUGAACGGCCAGUAAAUGAAAAGAGGAAACGUGGGCAGAAGAUGAUGAAUGAAUGGAGGAGGAAUUCUUGUUGAUCGACAUCUUAACAAGUGCUGAGUUAACGGAGAACAACCAAGAUGUUGGCUUGGAAUCCGGACUGCAUCAAUAUGAAGCCUGUGAUCAGAAAUGAAGAGUCUUUUCAGGGAGCUCCAGUGUCCAAAUCCACUAAUAAUGAUGUGGAAACUUUGGUUCUGAGUAAAACCGAAGAAUCAGCUGCUCUCUUUUGCAGACGGAUGAAAUAUCGAGUAAAAACUGAUGAAAUAUCAGAUAAAAGUUCCUCAGAUACUGAAACAGAUGAGCUUCCAAUCUCCUCAUCGUCAACUCCUGUGGAAGGCUUAAUCUGUAAGCUGUGUGGCUCUGAGUUUGGUUGUAACAUAAGUAUGGUGCGUCACAUGCGAAUACACACAGGAGAAGCUCCGUAUGUCUGUGAAGUCUGUGGGAAAGCGUUCAGACGCAAGGACUGGCUUAAACUGCACAGUAGCGUUCAUACUGGUAUCAAGCGCAAACGCAAUCGUGAGAAGAAAUUCAGCUGUGAUCAGUGCGAGAAGAAGUUUGACGGUCCUACUGAUCUCCAGUACCAUUUAAAUAAACACAGAGGCGAGAGGCCGUUCGCCUGCAUUCAGUGCAAUAAAACCUACUUCAGUAGGUCUGAUCUUUGUCGACACCUCAAUGACUGUCAUUCAGAUAAAAAGCACAGCUGCUCUUUGUGUGGAAAUGAAUUCACACGCCACUUUUCAUUGCAGAAACACAUGCGGAUUCACACGGGAGAGAGACCUUACUCCUGUCCACACUGUGGAAAGACUUUCCCCUAUAAAUACAGCAUGGAAAUGCAUGUUAAAGGAGCUGUAUGUAGGAGUGACGGCUGAUUGAGAUACAGCAGUACAAAUUCAAAAUAUCGUAGAGUUUUUUUUAUCACUUGGUCUCUCCUAUGAUGACUUCAUGCAAGUUGCCAGAUUGACGACAAUCUAGUUUUACACUGUGAACUGCUCAGCUACUUUCUGUGUUUGUAAUAUUUAUUGUUUGCUAAAUAAAAACCACCUUGUGGAUUUUUUUAUAA